GUUGUGAAAGUGGCGGUUGUUGGAGCAGGAGUGAUCGGUCUGUCUACAGCAGUGUGUAUAGCUGAGGGUCUCCCGUUCUCCUCAGUGACCAUACUGUCUGAGAAGUUCUCCCCAGACACCACUGGAGAUGGAGCUGCUGGGAUCCUUAUACCUGAAGUGUUUCAAUAUAUCCCACUGCAGCGGCAGCAGCGAUGGUUCAGAGACACGUUUGAUCAUCUGCGGGGAAUUAUUGAAACACCUGAAGCUCCAGAAGCAGGGGUGUUCUUCAGCUCAGGAUGCCUUUUGUACAAGGAAGUCCCUAGUGAUCCAAAUCCCUACUGGGCCAACCAUGUGUUUGGAUACCGCGCCAUGUCAGAUAGAGAGAUGAGGAGAUUCCCCAAUCAUAAAUUUGGUCAAGCUUUCACUUCAAUAAAAUGUGAAUGUCUGAGAUACCUGCCAUAGCUUGAGAAAAGGUUCAGAAAAGCUGGUGGUCAAAUUAAACGAGAGAAAGUGACUGACCUUCAGCAGCUUGUCAACAGCUACGACGUCAUUGUGAACUGCUCAGGCCUUGGGUCCCGUCUCCUGGUGGGGGAUGAGGGGGUUUAUCCAGUGAGGGGACAGAUUCUCAAAGUUCAUGCUCCUUGGGUGAAGAAUUUCAUAGGAGGUGGAGAUGGAGGUGGAAGGGCCUACAUCUACCCUGGAAUUGACUACAUCACUGUGGGCGGCACUAGACAGGUGGAUGACUGGAGGCUGGAAGUGGAUAUGAAAGACACAGAGGGCAUCAUGGAACGCUGCUGUCAGUUAGAGCCAUCCCUGAGAAAAGCUCAGGUGUUGGAAGAGUGGGUGGGACUGAGGCCUGGCAGGAGGAACCCGCGUGUGGAGAGUGAGUGGCUGCAGGCAGGACAGCGACGGGUGAUACUGGUGCAUAACCAUGGCCAUGAUGGCUGCGGUGGGGCUGGUGAGGAACAGUCUUCUUGA